GAAGCAAACCCUAACACUGAACUCUCUCUCUCUCUCUAGAUUUCUCUCAUUACCCACAUAUAUAUAGAUAUUAUUCCUGUUUUUUAAUCUAACCCAUAAAAGAAAAAAAUGGAGAGAACAUGUUUAGGAAGUGAAGGAGACAAGAAUUCAAGUGGGUUUUUAUGGCCACAAAGAAACUACAUUUGCAGCUUCUGCAAGAGACAGUUUAACUCAGCUCAAGCUCUUGGAGGUCACAUGAAUGUCCAUAGAAGAGAUAGAGCCAUGUUAAUACAGUUACCUUCUUGGGUUUUUGAUUAUCCAAAUCCAAACCCUAAUAAUAUUAUUGCAAAAUCUCAUCCAAACCCUAACCCUAACCCUAGUUUUUCAUCUUCAGCAAUAUCAUCAUCUUCCUCUUCUUCAUUCCAUUACUCUCACCAUUCACUUCUCUCUCCUCCACCUCACAUUACUUCUCUCUCUUCACCGCCAUCUUAUAAUCAUAACAAUAACCCUAUGAUCAAGAAAUACCAUGAUCUUGAGGUUUUGCAGAGUAAUGAAGUUAUAAGCUUGGAGUUGGAAAUAGGGUUUAAAGAUCCUAAAGAAGUUGUGGACUUGGAGCUUAGACUUGGUUGUUUUUAACUCUCAAAUCUUUGGCUUAAUUUGGUGUACAAUUAAGUUUCAGUUAUGGAGCUGCUAAUUUAAGAUUUGCAUUGAGAAAAAUGAAAAUUGUUUCUUAAUUAUAGUGCACUUUUGUAAUUUAAUUGUCUUUUGU